AUGUUAACAGCAAUAGAAGACAGAAUAUCUACAAUCCUUAAUGUAGGGUGUAAAGGUUAAUUAGCAAAAUUUAAAAACUAAUCGUUUCGUAAAAGGCAAUCAUUUAAAGAAUCAGAACUAAGAAGAAAAAGCACAGAUUAUUGGUUAGCUUCAGAUAAAGAAAAGCGCCUGGAUUUAUUCAUACCUACAGAAGAACAUUAAGAAUUGAAUUAAAAAUUAUUAUUGAGAUGCAACAAUAAAACUUUAUUAGUUAAAGGAGCUAAAACUUUAAUUAGAAAUGAGGUCAAAUCAAAAUCAUUUUAAUCUAUAAACAAUACAGUUUAGAAUAAAAUAUUUUAUAUGAAAAAGUCAGCACAACAUAUAGAAAAAUAAAUAGAACUUGAAACACCUUCGAAAAGAAUCAAAGGGUUUGAAAACAUGAUAAAAUCUAAAAAUUAUGAAAUUUAUAUAAAAGGAAGAACUAAUUGUAUGAUUAGAAAUUAUAUUAAUGAAAUAUUCAAUUGUGAAUAAAAACCUGAAAUAAGUAAUUCAAAAAGAAUAUAAACUUUACCAAGUACAUCAACAAUAAAAAAAUAAAAGCACACGAUUAUUAGAAGUGAAUAAAUUCUUAGAACCUAUAAUUCAAAAUAAAAUGAUAUUAUUUUGAAAUCUCUGAGAUUUUGA